UUGUUUUUCUUUGCCGACUCCUUACAUAUUCAUAUUAUGUUUGUUGGAUGCUUUGGACUCUAUACAAUUAGGAGACUUCGCAAUUUGAUAAUCAAUAAUUUUUUUUUAUUUCGGUCCUCACUUUAUGUACUAUAUUUGCUCUUACACACCCGCAUUAGUUGUCGCCAUUGUAGUCCUACUCAGCUUGCGUUCUUUUUUUACUUCUUAUCCCCAAUUCUCCAAUCCAAAUUCCGAAUAAUUUUUCCAUUUUCCCCUUGCCAGCUCUUCUAUCUUCACCAUAUCCUUCCACCACUUUUUUUAAAUGCUAUGCGUGUGUGCAUCAUCUACUAUGACCAGCAACCCAUUUUCAAACCAUUGUCAUCAAAUUCAAAGUAUAUCCGCAUAAUCCCCUUGACGUCAAAAUUGACGGACUGUUAGAUUGAUAACAAAUUUUCUGAUAACUUU